CUCAUUGAAUAUAUUUUAUGUUGUUUAAGUGGGUUUAUCUAAUUGUAAAAAUUGGUGAAAACUUGUGUGUUGUUGAUGCAGAUGAUGACAGCACAUGAUCGGUGGCAAGCUUUCAGAGGGGAAAGCACAGAAGCCAAAGAUCUUAUAUUUUCUGUGAAGCGAUCGUCCUUUUUUCAGUUUAAGACCAAAUUGGAUGUGUUUUUGGCGAAUAACACCAGAGAUGUUUGUGACUUUAAGGUCAAAGGUAGCUGGCUUCAUCGAUCUUGCGUUGUUUAUGCUGGUGAAUCUAACAACAUCGUUGCCCAGAUGCAUAAAAAGCACACAGUUUUGUUUGGAAAAGACCAUUUCAUGGUGACGGUUUAUCCGAACAUUGAUUAUGCGUUCAUAGUGGCCUUAAUCGUGAUUCUUGUCCUGAUUGGAUCAACGACGAUGCAGCAGCAGAACAAAGAAAUGGUGAAAGCCUGUUUUGUACUUUUUCGUUUGGAUUUCUUAUAAGGAGCAGUAUCAUUCAUUAUCAAGAAACAGUCCUUAAAUAAUAGAUUUCAGUUUCUUCGAAAAUUCCAA